UUCCACAGCUUCGCGUUGUCCUCGUUUGGCGCUCGUGGUGCAGGGGUCCCCCGGCGGACGACCCCGUCGCUCUGCCUCCCCCUCGUGCCGCGGUGGUGCGCGCCGAGCCGGAAGCGGCGCCGUGGCCCAGUGGGCAGCGGCAACAAGAUGGCGGCGCCGGGCCGGCGGCUGUGCUUGGUGGCGGCCCUGCUGCUCCUCCUUGUCGGCUCCCAGGCCCUCGCCCCCAGCCACCACCUCACCGCGCGAGACCUGGCCCGACUGCGGGCGGCGCUGGAGCGGCCCUUCGCCGACCUGCAGGCCGCCUUCCACUCCAUCGUGGGCCUGCACAGCCUGGGGCUGCGCGUGGCGGACGAGAAGGCUGCAUGCAAUUUCGUCAAAUCUCACGUAGACUCCAGCAGUGUUGAUUCCCUUUUCUAUGCUGCACAGUCUAUUCGGGUCCUGUCUGGUUGCGAGGUUACCAUUUCAAAUGAGACCAGGGAGCUGCUGCUUGCAACUGUCAGUGAGGAUUCUUCAAUCACCCAGAUCUUCCAUGCUGUUGGGGCCCUGAGUGGCUUUGGCCUUCCUUUAGCUUCUCAGGAAGCUCUUAGUGCUCUUACUGCUCGCCUUAGUAAAGAAGAAAAUGUGCUGGCAACCAUCCAGGCUUUGGAGACAGCAUCUUACCUGUCUCAGCAGGCAGAUUUAAGUGGCAUUGUUGAAGAGAUAGAGGAUCUUGUUGCUCGCCUGGAUGACUUGGGUGGAGUUUAUCUGCAAUUUGAAGAAGGAAUUGAGACUACUGCACUGUUUGUUGCUGCUGCCUAUAAGCUGUCAGACCAUGUAGGAACAGAACCAGCAAUGAAAGAGGAUCAAAUUAUCCAGUUGAUGAAUGCCAUUUUUAGCAAGAAAAAUUUUGAGACGCUCUCAGAGGCCUUCAGCGUUGCUUGUGCCGCGGGUUCUCUGUCCCACAACCGCUACCACCUGCCUGUGGUCGUUGUCCCUGAUGGUCCCGCAGCUGUGUCUCACCAUCAGCCUGUACUUAGGCUUCAAGUGACCAAUGUUAUGUCCAAGCCGCUCACUCAAGCCUCUGUAAAGCUAGACUAUGCCAAGUCUGCGUCUUCCAAAGCCACUGUCCUCCAGCAGGCAGCAUUUACUCUGUCAGGGGAGGUCUUUGAGCUGAACUUCAUGAACGUCAAACCUGCAAGUGGAUAUUAUGAUUUCUCUAUCAGUGUUGAUGGAGAUGACCGAUUUAUUGCUAACAAAGUUGAGCUGAAAGUAAAAGUGUCCACGGAAGUUGGGAUUACUAAUGUAGAUCUUUCUACAGUGGAUAAAGAUCAGAGCAUUGCACCAAAAACAACCAGGGUAGCUUACCCAGCCAAAGCCAAGGGCUCCUUCACUGCUGACAGCCAUCAGAAUUUUGCUCUAUCCUUCCAGCUGAUAGAUGUGAACAGCGGAGCUGAUCUCAUCCCUCACCAGACUUUUGUCCGACUUCACAACCAGAAGACUGGCCAAGAGGUAGUAUUUGUUGCAGAACCAGAUAGCAAGAAUGUAUACAAGUUUGAACUGGAUACCUCUGAAAGGAAGACUGAAUUUGACUCUGCCUCUGGUACCUACACUCUGUACUUGAUAAUUGGAGAUGCCACUCUGGAAAAUCCAAUCCUGUGGAACGUGGCUGAUGUUGUGAUUAAAUUCCCAGAAGAGGAUGUGCCAUCCACAGUCCAGUCCAAGAACCUCUUUGUUCCCAAGCCUGAAAUCCAGCACCUCUUCAGGGAACCUGAGAAGAGGCCUCCCACAGUGGUAUCUAACACGUUCACAGCACUGAUUCUCUCACCACUGCUCUUGCUGCUCAUUCUGUGGAUAAAGAUUGGUGCCAACAUCUCCAACUUCAGCUUUGCUCCCAGCACCAUUGUUUUCCACAUGGGACACGCUGCAAUGUUGGGCCUCAUGUAUGUCUACUGGACUCAGCUCAACAUGUUCCAAACUCUGAAGUACUUGGCCAUUUUGGGUGGUGUCACGUUCCUAGCAGGCAAUAGGAUGCUGGCUCAGAAAGCAGUAAAACGGAUCGCUGCAGAGCAGAGCAGUAGGUUGGCAAAGUAUAGAACGCUGCGGUAAAAAGGGGUUUUGCUAGUGACCAACUCUUCUAGAAGUAAGGGUCUUUUUGGAAUUUGCCUUUCUUGGGCGUGCUGUCUGCUUCAUUUCACUUCAUUCCUCAUUUCUUGCACAAAAAGGUACCUGAGCUGAAGCUACUUCCUUUCAGCAUUGUUUAUUUGGCUUUAUAUCAGUCCUUGGGUGUCCUUGGCUACAGCUGGGUUUGCAUACUAGCAGUGUAUGUCCUUGAAGACUAAAUGGUCUACAUUUGAUUUCUUAAUAAUCUCAUCUGUGUGGUGAUAUGUGCAUGUUAAUACGCUGGGUGUAGGAAUAAACAUCGUUCAAGCAAUAUUGUUCCUGUAAAUAAUUAGCAGUGUUAGCGAGAGGAGAACAUAACGAAGGCAGCUCAUAUCUGGGCCUUUCCCAUCCUGCUGUGGGUACUUCUAUCCCCACCUGCAGUAUUCUGGUUAUUCAACUGCUAGGCACUCUGACUGCUGGUGGAGCUAAAUUAAGCCCUUGCUCAAAUGGCAAGAGCUCUGUAUGCAGCAGAAGCCAGGUCAGCACCAUCUCAUUCAGCCGAGGACACGACCUAAUCCAGGAUUCACCAUUCAAUUAGGCUGAACUGGUCACGAUGGCUCAGUCAGUGGCAGCAGCAGCAGCCAACUCCCCACAAAUGAAUACAAUCAUCUGCUAGGAUCUCCAUUAACGUGUAGUAGUGUAAAGCCCUUCAUUUCCUUUGAACCUGAGCAGGUAAGGUCCCAGUUUGUUAUAUCCACAGUGUGGUGGGAGGCAGAACUGCUGCCACUCUGCAUGUUGCCCAAUUUGUGUGUAUGGCUUCUUUUGUUAUUAACAUGUUAUUUUAUAAAGGGGAAGGGGGGAGAAUCUGGGAUGAGUCUUGGGACCAGAAUCACUGCAGAACGUGCUGUACUGGUGCACCUCAUCAGUGCCUGCUCUCUCACGUUCAUAGCCAGUGCUCCAGGCACACACAGCUCACUGAACAGAGCUCAGUUUUGUGGUACAAAGCAAAACAGCGUGGGUGGCUGCAUCUCAGAAACCGUGUGCACUGUGCUAUUUUUUGUUUGCACAUCAGAUAGCAUGGAGGAUGGCUUCAGGAAAAUUACCUCUGGACUGUUGGCAUUGUGUCCCAUACGAAAAACACCCUGGCACCACCUCUUCACUCCCUGGAGUGUUUAGAGGUAUAAUAACAGCGAACAAUCUACGACAGGUUACUGGAGGUGCCUGUCACUUGCCACUGUUUUCUGGUUUCUGGAUGCUCCUCUUUUUACCACAGCUUGGAGCCAGUGGUUUUCAGCUUUAGUGCCCUGUUGCCAAGUACUUAGGAAGUGUGCUCUCUACAGCUUGCAAAUUUUCUGCUUCUCAGCUGGGUAUUUUGACUCCAUAAUUCCCUAUGGGCUAUGAGUAAUCCUGGAAGAUCUUGGAAAUAACUUAUCCACAAACCGUAAUUGCUGCCAUGUGCAGUCACAAGCACUUUUCCUUACUGCUGUGUUUUCUGAUGCCCCAGCUAUGUCAGUUAAGACUACACUGCUACCAGCAUCUGGGGCUGGACUGCCAGGUGCACCCAGCUAUGCCUGUAUCUGGCUCCUUGAAAGGGAAAAGGACCCCCAAAAGAUGGACUUGCUGUGCCCACAUUGCUGAAGAUCCUUUGUGUUUACCGACUGGUUCCAAUUGGAUAUAAUGGCCCUGUUGAAAGUGGAGGAGUGGUAGAGCGGCUGCAGGCUACUCUGCAUUCAGCCCUGCUUUUUUCUCCAGUUUUGUGCUUUUCAAGGUUCAUUUGUUCCUUUUGCACCAGAAAUUGACCUUCUUUUUGCCUGAACGUUUCCAUACUAUUUGAAUUAAUUCCUCAGUUAUGUUGCAGUGCUGGUUUUAUCACUCUCCUCUCAGAGAAGCUUCCUUUGAGAGAAUAAGGGGUCUGGGGGCACUUGUACUGUGCAAGGGAGUUCUUUGUUGCCUGGGAGAGUU